CGGCACGAUAAAGCGGAAGGAUACUAGGUAGGAAACUGCGGCCGGUUUUUCCUUUCGUGCCGCACUAAUUGCAUGCGAUCAUGUCUUAUCCCCACGAUGAAAGAAAUGGGCCGAGCGACUGGGAUCCUGAGAAACGACAGGACCAGGAGUACGAUGGGCCCCCAGGCAUGGAACCAGAUGGCAUCAUUGAGAGCAACUGGGAGGAGAUCAUCGACAACUUCGAUGACAUGAACCUCCGUGAAGAGCUCUUGCGUGGAAUCUAUGCCUAUGGUUUUGAGAAGCCAUCUGCUAUUCAGCAGAGAGCCAUUAUCCCAUGCAUCAAAGGGAUGGACGUGAUAGCCCAGGCCCAGUCGGGCACUGGCAAGACGGCAACAUUCUCGAUUGCCAUCCUCCAGCAGAUUGACACAUCAUUGAAGGAGUGCCAGGCACUUAUCUUGGCGCCGACACGCGAGCUGGCACAGCAGAUCCAGAAGGUGGUCAUUGCCCUGGGUGACUACAUGAGUGCCCAGUGCCAUGCCUGCAUCGGAGGCACCAACGUGCGCGAGGACAUCCGCAAGCUGGAGAAAGGUGUCCACGUAGUUGUCGGCACUCCAGGGCGUGUCUUUGACAUGAUCAGCCGCAAGGCCCUGCGAACAAACAACAUCCGCAUUUUUGUGCUGGAUGAGGCUGAUGAAAUGCUGUCCCGAGGGUUUAAAGAUCAGAUUUACGACGUCUUCCGGACACUAAACUCAAACAUUCAGGUGAUCCUGCUCUCGGCUACAAUGCCGUCGGAUGUGCUGGAUGUGACAAAGUGCUUCAUGCGCAACCCCAUCCGAAUUCUGGUGAAGAAGGAGGAGCUUACCCUUGAGGGUAUCAAGCAAUUCUAUGUAGCCGUAGACCGUGAGGAAUGGAAGCUGGACACACUGUGUGACCUGUACGAGACUCUGACCAUCACCCAGGCAGUGAUCUUCUGCAACACGAGGCGGAAAGUUGACUGGCUCACAGAGAAGAUGCACGAGCGCGAUUUCACCGUCUCGGCACUGCACGGAGACAUGGGCCAAAAAGAACGUGACGUGAUCAUGCGCGAGUUCCGGUCAGGUUCGAGUCGAGUGCUGAUCACGACUGACCUGCUUGCCCGAGGCAUUGAUGUUCAACAAGUGUCCUUGGUCAUAAACUUUGACCUGCCCACCAACAGGGAAAACUACAUCCACAGAAUUGGCCGAGGAGGUCGGUUUGGUCGCAAAGGUGUUGCCAUAAACUUUGUCACUGAGGAAGACAAGCGCACCCUUAAGGACAUUGAGGGCUUUUACAACACAGAGAUAGAGGAAAUGCCCAUGAAUGUGGCUGACCUGAUCUAAGUGAGGCCCUGUGACACAGCGAUGGGGCUAGCAGAAGUGAAUGGGCAGAGGGAAGACUGAAAAAAAAAAAAAAAAUCGGCACAUCCGCAAGCAGCAGCUGGACUUGGGAGAAGUGAAAAAGGGGACAGAAAAAUGGGGGAGGUGUGGCAGGUUCACCAUGCUGCAGCUGUGGCCAGCUGGUACACAUGCAUUGUGCUCUUGCCACUGGCAUGCUACCAACAGCGGAAUAUUGGUUGCAAGCGCUGGGCGUAGGCAUGGCUUUUGGGAGCUCUGGCCAUGUACCCAUUGAGGGAGAUCAAAAUUUAACGCUGAGUCGUACACAUGUAACCCCAUUGGCUUGUUUCUAAGAGCUCAUUCUUUUGCUUAUAGUCCAGUGUCCCACCAUUGUUCGCUGUCGUUGGUGUGCAGUGGCCAGGAGUGCAUCAGCGGUGGCCAGCUGUGCAGUUUUUAAAAUGGGGUCGAAAAUUGCUCGAGAUUGUGAUGUCAGGGCGUUGCCUGGGACGAGACUAUGUGUCAACUCCCCUCCCCCAACAUUGCCUUGUUCGUGGCCUCCUUUUUUUCCUUCUUUUUUUUUUCUUUUUUUACUUGCCACGUCGAGGCAAGUUUCUGUGAAAGUUGCCACAGGUGACUCAAAACUAAAUGAAAAAUGCUAAUGGUGUUAAUAAAAAUAAAGGGAGGAGUGCUUUCUCCCCUGUGACAUGA